CGGUCUUGGUAUUGAUAAAGGAUAAAGGCAGAGCAAGAGAAAGACAAAAAGACAAACAGAGUCGGAUAGGAAAUCUACAGCUUCGCCUUCACCACUACUCUCAACACCACGCCGAGUUACCAGCGCUCAUCACUGACAACUUCCCUGUACCCGGCGUCUCCGAAUCGACUGACUCGAUACCUUCAUCUUCACUUAAUCGCCUGAUCGAUCGUCCAUAAGGACUUAUUACCUCCACCCGCCGUUGUCUGGCCAUCACCCUGAUCGUCUUCUCCCCUGUAUUGGCAUCUAUCCAGCUCCAGGCGCGGGCCUGACAACCGUGACGUGGGGAUAGAAUACCGCACAGAUAGAUAUAUCGACCUACAUCAACCACCUCUCUUCCAUCCGACUUCACCAAUCCUCCACAAUGGCCGGACCACAUCUUCAAAUCCAGACCGAGGUCUCCUUCUCCCCUCGGUCAUCCCGCCCAGACACCCUCCGUCCAGACAGCUUCAGUCUCCCACGGCCUCAAUCGCAACCACCAACCACCUCAAGCCACGCCCAUCGGGCAUCCACCUGCUCCAUCUCCUCCGAUUCUACCUCCUCAGCCUGCUCCCCACAAGAGACCUUUCGCAACUUCGCAAUUGACUUCGGCCAGGCCCGAGUCGAAGUCCUCCGCUGCUCCCGAUGCGCCAAAUCCGUCGAGACGGUCUCGCGAUCCCGGAGCGCCGAUGGCUCUAGGAGGGUCAGCAACGACGAGGCCAUGGCCAACGGCAUGGUGAGCUUCGGGCACAAUCUCUAUUACUGUGACCGCUGCGCGAAGAUCGUCGGGUACACGUGAACAUGGUGGUUCACCUCCCACACCACAUCCAUCACAUCUCAUCCCAUCACAUCACAUCACAUGUCCGAGGAUUUUAAAAACGGAGAAUGAUCACGGUCUCUUCCUGAAACUGCUGGCUUGCCACCCGUCUUUCUCUUCCCAACGAGGGAUAGAAUCACCAUAUCGAUAAGGGAUAUCUCCCCUGAAACACCACACUGAGCACCCAUGCCCAACCUCACAUAGUGGAGCAACUCAGACAGAGAACCCAAGAGGCAAAGGCUGUCGUGAGACUCUACAACACAGCACAUUUUCUUCCCCAUCUCUCUGGGGUACUAUCUGUAUAUACAUACCCAUCAUUAUUAGACCAGGACUUGAUAUCUCAUAUCGUUCUAUCUAUCAGCUUUGUUUCUAUUGGCGCUCUACCAGGACUCGGUAUUGGAUAUGGGAAUCUUGGAGGGAGAGGAGAGGAAUCGACAUAGUGUCUUGCCUCCUCGGCGUUUUUGUUUCUGGGUAUUAUAG